AUUCCGCAUUUACUUAGACAAAAUUUCAGAUGAUGAAGUGUUAUCAGGUGUUAAAUUCAAUGAGCUGACCUUAAGAUUAAACAAAGUUAUAGAGUUAUCCACGCGACUUGACGAGCUGCAAACUUCAAUCGAAGUUGCUAAUUUUGAAAAUUUAGACACUGAACUUGCAGAACGGGACAACAAUGAAACCCAUAUCAAUAAUGCUAUAGCUGCAGCUCAGUGUAUUCUUGAACACUCUCAAGCUCAAAAACCCUCUCCAGAGACUUCUGUCAGAACAUGUUCAUCGAACGGCUGUCAUUCUGAGCAUCUCGGCUUCAAGCUUCCUCAAAUUAAAAUCUCUAAAUUUGAUGGUUCAUAUUAUAAGUGGAUGGAAUUUAAGGACCUUUAUGAAUCUUUAAUUCACAAUAAUGAUCACAUUAAACCUAUUCAUAAAUUCCAUUAUCUGAGCUCUUAUCUUGAAGGGGAUGCGGCCAGAGUGAUAGCAAACUUAGAAGUCUCCGCUAACAAUUAUACUGAAGCCUGGAAAAUUUUGUGUGACAGGUUCAGUAAUAAAAGACAGCUGAUUACUAACCAUUUAAAUUCUCUAUUUAAUUUAGAACCUAUACAGCGAGAAUCGGAUAAGGCCUUAAGAUUCCUUAAUGAUCAUGUAGUUAAAAAUCUCCGGGCCCUAAAGACAUUAGGUCAACCGACAGAGCAUUGGGAUACAAUUUUAGUUCACCUAUUGACGGCUAAGUUAGACGUCAAUACUAAUGCAAAAUGGGAAGAACAUAGGAACACUCUCAAAGAGUGGCCAUCACUCGAUGACUUUAGGGGAUUUCUUAGUAAUCGUGCAGACAUCUUAGAAAAUCUGUAUCGCUCUAGGAGAGAAAAACAAUCUAACCACAAGCCAGAGCCUGUGGCCAAUAAAACUUCAUUUAAACAUGAUAAAAACAUAAAAACAUUCGUGAUUUCAGAGAAACAAGAUGACCACAAGGGUCGGCCGUGCAUCGUGUGCCAUGGUGAUCACAGAGUGUACGACUGCCCAGCCUUUAAAAAGAUGUCAGUCGACGAGCGCUGGUCGCAGGCGUCACGUCUAAAGCUGUGCCAUGUCUGCCUCCGACCGGACCAUGAGACCCGUCAGUGCAAGCUGAACGGUUGCCGGGCCGCUCACGUCGCUGCCGGGCCCGCCGCUCGACGACCGCAACCCGCACCGCCUGGACCGCUACCUGAGGCUGGAGCAGCUACGGCAACACUUCUGGAAGCGCUGGUCGGCCGAGUACGUGUCUCUACAACAGCAACGCUACAAAUGGCGCGAGAGGCAACGUGACCUACAACUGGGAGAAGUAGUACUCAUCAAGGAGGAGGGCUUACCGCCGUUGCUCUGGCGCAUGGGCAGAGUCGUCAAACUAUACCACGGGAAGGAUGGCGUACCUCGCGUGGCAGACAUCAAUACCGCUAGAGGGGUGAUCAAGCGUGCGCUGAACAGAAUAUGCCCGCUCUCGU